AGGAAGCGUUGUUAACGAGUCCAUGUAAGUGCCGUAACAAAGUGCUGAAUGCCUUCUCUUAUCUGCGGCAGUGUAACAGAGCUAACUGGAGCUUCCAGACUCGCCAAGCGGGAUCUUUACAGCAACAUGCACUUGCUUCUGUGUACAUAAGUGUGGAAUAGAAAGUCAGCAGCCACAGUCCGUUCGGAGGUUGAGGUACAGCUCAGCAGCUGACAGCUUGGUGAGAAGAGCGUUUCCUGGCUUGAAUGCGACCCGAUUGCAGCUGGAGCAUGUCCACUGCAGGCUUGACUGCCCAGGAGAUUUGUUUACCCUCGCAAAGCCUCUUCCUGCGGGGCAGCCAUUGCCAUAGCAUGGCCGGAGCCAAGCCCUCCUGGAAAUAUAACCAUGAUCUUGACAACUUGUACUUGAGCAUUGAUGCUUCUAUGAAUUACAACCUCCAACCCCAGCAACAGGUGCCGUCAUUCUUAACAGGAGGCAAACAGAGAUUCCAUUCUCAUUCCCCACAAAGUCCUGGAGCCCAGCCGCUGCCUCCUAAAACAUCCCGUCCUACGCAGCUGUCCUUAUCCUCCACGGUUGACACCUACACCCCGAGCCCUGUUGAAGAUGACCAGGUGGUCCCUGUCUUCCAGCGCCUGUCUGUAUCUGACCCCAUCUCCCCACCUCAGACACCAAGCCGAGUAGCAAAGCCUCUUCCCCCAAUCCCUGGCUCUGUGGAGCCAUCUGCUGACCAGACCAUGGACAGUGAGGUGGAGUCCUUUACUGGGGAUGACAGUCGUUGUCUGGUGCCUGAUCAAGUUCCCAAAUCUCCCCUACGAUGCACUAUGCACAGUCGUAGGAGUUUUAGGGACUGUGGACAGAUCAAUUAUGCCUAUUUUGAAGGGCCAGUGUUGUCCCACCAAAGCAAGCAACAGCAACAUCCGAAGAAAAAACAGGAACAGCAGGCUCAUGAGCACCUUCUUCAGCAGCAGCGGGAGCAGGAGCUCCACGACCAGCAGCAGCAGAAGGCGGUGUGCCUUCGGCAGCAAGACCGUGCCCAGCGCAAGCUUCGGCGCUCCCAUUCUGGCCCUGCCGGCUCCUUUAACAAACCCUCUGCCCUCCGCCUGUCCUGUCAUCAGCGGAACACCCAGUGCCCGGACAAACCCGAAGUCCCUCCUCGAGUACCCAUUCCCCCGAGGCCAGCUAAGGCAACCUCUGACUACCGCCGCUGGUCAGCGGAGGUAUCCUCUGGGGCUUACAGUGACGAAGACAGACCUCCAAAAAUUCCCCCCAGAGAACCUUUGUCCAGUGGGACAUCCCGAACGCCGAGCCCCAAGAGCCUCCCUAUUUACCUCAACGGGAUCAUGCCGCCCACCCAGAGCUUUGCCCCGGAUCCUAAAUACGUGAGCCGGGGCUUGCAGAGGCAGAACAGUGAAGGUUCCCCGUGCAUUUUACCCAUCAUGGAAAAUGGCAGGAAGGCCAGCACCACGCACUACUUCCUGCUGCCGCAACGACCCGCGUACCUAGACAAACACGAGAAGUAUUUUGUGGACAGUGCGGUGAGUCGAAGCACCGAAGCCUCAGGCUCCAGUCUAGACUCGGUCUGUCAAAGCAAAAGGAAAACGCACUCAGACUUUGUGUAAGGUGGAACAUACAGAACAUGGACUGUGCCUCAUUUUACGAGAGAACCAUUGUCCUGCUGCCUGAGCACCUAAAGGACUCUUCUGCAGCUUGCAAGCAGUUAUUAGUUUUACCCUAGUUUUUGAAAAAGUAGGGUAAGUUACAUACCAAUUGCAGUUACUGAGAAUUCUUGUUGCUGUGUCCUUCUCACAAUGGAAACAAAUCUCUGGCAUGAAAGUGCGGCUUUGGAGGCACUAGUCACUGUGGACAAUAUUGCAAAAUAAUUGUGUUUUAUUAAUUCAUUGUUUAUUGUUGUGUGAUACUUAAGUGUUUUAAAUGAUGCUGUGGUGCAGUUAUUAGGUAUGAGCUGGUCUGGUACCUCAUUUUAUUCAGUGUUUUGUUUUUUUGUUUUUUUUUUCUUUCUUUUUGGUAGUCAGGCUUUAUAUUGCUUUGAAGAAUUGCUGCUUCUGUGGCUGAAAUUGUGCUCCAGAGCUUCUUCUGUGAAAAUAGAGGGACAGCGAGUCAGUAGAGCAUCUGUUCAUUUUGUGUUGCACACGAAAUAUGAAGUACAAAAAAGGCCAAGCUGUUUCGUGGCCACAUUUUUAGUGAAGGAUAUUCCAUGAAAAUCUGUCUAUUCCAUUGUGAAUAAAUAGGCACAAAGUUGCUGUUUAGCCUCCUGGGUCACUAAUGCUCUAAGCUGUUGUCCAGAGACUUUGCCUGUUUGUGUUUGUGUGUGUGUAUAUAUGUGUGUUUGUAUGUGUGGCCCCAUCUGUGUUGUAUUUCUCCGAUUUUGAUUGUGAAAACUGCAAUCGGAAGUUCUGCUGACAUUGUGCAUGUUACAUAGGAAUGGUCUAAAUAUAGUAUUUGCGUUCAUUGUUGUGCAUGGACAAUAUUUGUUAUGCUGCAAAGCUUUACGUACAGAAUGUACCCAUGAUACAUUUUGUUGUAAAUAGGUGUAGUACCAAUCAGAAGUUGGUUAGCUUUUAAACAGAUGAGUGUUGGCUGCUGAUGCUGAUGUUUUUCAUAAAUUUACCAAACAAUAUUUUGAUCUGACAAUUCCUUAUGAACGCAAGGUGACAGUGAUAACAAAUUUGGCUUGGAUAAACAGGGACUCCUCCCAUUUUUUCCCCGUUCAAGUUGUGUUGGCUACCUUCUGCAUGAUUUGAGACUUUCACAGCAGAUAUUUAAAAAAGGGUUAUACCUGAGUGAGUGAUAACUUUAUAAUUGGAUUUUUUUCCACUUAAUACUACAAAAUCAUAACUUUACCACACUUGAAAAUUUCAGGUCGGGAGUAUUUCUCAUGCAAGAAAAGGGUAGGGCGAAUGUUUCCUGUUUUUAGUUACUUUUGAAAGUGUAGCCAACAUAGUUCUUUAUUGCGCAAAAAUAGGUGACUGUUUUGAAACCUGUGAAAGUGUGUAGGUCUUGUUCUCUAGCUGUUGUCUUUGAAUAGCUUAAACAAGCUGUGAGUCAGAGUUGCGAAAAGGACUGUCCCCAGUACUACCUCCCUUAACAGGAAUGAAAAAUACUUCUCUUCAUUAAUAUCUCAUUAUCUGAGAACGAUAACGAAUCAUGCAUGGACUAAGUAGACAAAGCCUUUACUAUCUCAAGCCAUUUUUCCCUCCAAUGUACUUAAGGCCAGGAAAACCAUUAAGUCUAAUCUCAAAUUGAUUACAUUGUUUUUCUUUCUACUCGACCAGACACAAUCCUUCUCUCUGGUUCAAAAUCUCUCAAACGUUUACUUAAACCUGUGUAUGUAGCUAUGUCCGUGUCUAGUACAUUUGGCUGACCUGACAGAAACAGUCUUUCCUGUUCCUGUACAUGCAUACCUGUCAGACGUGAUUGCUGUGGGUGUGGACCUUGGAGACUUUGGCUGCUGGCAGCACGUAAAUGAGAUGUUUUAUUGUUAUAUAUUGUUCCAACACCACCGUGAUUACUCAGUAAAUGUAGCAAGUGCAUCAUGGUAACCCUGAAAAUAAUAAUAAAAAAAGAAAACAAACCCACAAACGUGCUGAGCUCACAGGUCAAUACAUCGAGUUCAAAAAUUUCCACGUCACAUCAGGAAGGGACACAAACAGAACUGAUGCCACUUUUUUGUAUUCCUUUUUUUUUUUUCCUUUUACAAAAAUUCAUUUAUCAACAAAAAUGUUUACAUUGUACAUUUGUAUUAUUUAACCUUUUGACCUGUUUCCUGUGUCUUACCUGAAAGAAAUGAAGGCAAGUUCAAGAAUAGCUAAUAGACUGUGGUAUAGAAGAAAAAAGGCAGAAGCAAAAUGCACUGAGAGAGCAGUAUAUUAUGAUGUGUAAAAGUAUUUAACAUAGUCCUCCUGAGUAGUGCUAUGUGUAGUAUAGCCUUUAAAAGAAAAAGAAAAUAAACACACUUAUUUAUGAA